AUGAAUCGUUCUGUAUUACUUCUGUCACGUGGUUCUCUAUCGUUAAACUUAAUUCCAUUUCGUACGAAAACACAUACAUGGUUGAAAUACAAAGAAAACAAAGGAUUUAUUCCUCAAUUAAAUGCUAACGAUAUUGGUGAACAUCAAGGUUCACCACAUGUUCAAGAACGAUUUUUUCGUCUGGGUUGGGGCGGUUAUAUUCAUCCUCAAAAGCAACGUCGACUGUGGACAUUUAAAAAGCCUGAUGAACAGAAUCAACGAGAAGAUAUGCACGUAAUGGCGGCUAAUCGUCGAAGCAAAAUUCUUGAGAAGAUGUGCGAUCAUAAAUAUAACAAACGUUUGUAUCUUGUUGAUCCUCGGUGGAAAAUCUAUGAUCCGUAUCAUCGUCGUUGGAAUAUGAAUCAUAUCCCCGACGAAGAACUUCUUCUUUGUCUUCAUGUCUGUGUGCAUCCACUUCUUACACGUGAAAGACGAAUAUCCUCUUAUUGA